AUGCCUGAAAGCGAAUCAGGAGGGUCUUUACGCGUCUCGCAGCGUCGACCUCUAGCUUGCCGAGAAUGCACCAAGCGAAAGAGGAAAUGCGAUAAACAAAUUCCCUGCUCAAGAUGCAGAAGAUUGAAUCUGCAUUGCUCAGUGGAGAUUGUUCAGCUGCGAAGGAACACCGUGCAGCAUGCUUCCGAAAUUCAUUUUCUCGCCGCGAUCUUGGCAGAUAUGGAUUCCCUAACCGCGGACAAACAACUGCAUAUCAGUCGGAAAUUGAGAGAACGAAUAUCGCAGCUUCAGACUGGCCAAAACCACGACUCCGAUGGAGUUAGCGCUGGAUCAGGAGCGGAGGACCUAGAGUCAUUUAACAGCCAUAAAGAAUCAACGUUGCCGCAUCAAUUUGCCGAGGUGGCCCUGGAAAGUCCAGACCCACCACUUCUGACCGCUAUAGAACAUCUCGCCUGGGGUCGAAAUGCCGCUGGAUGCUUCCCGCACAGGAGAUGUGGAUGCCAAUAUCGAAGGGACAGGCCGGACCUCUUAUCCAUGAACAGUGGCAAUUUUCAAUUUUACGGCUCGUCCUUGGAGCCUCUGAUUCAACUUCCAAGGACGGUAGACGCGCAAAGUCUGAUAAACUUCCAUAUAAGUCACCUCACAUGGCAUCACAACAGUUUCCAUGGUCCUACUUUUCUCGAGCAGUGCGAGUUGUUCUGGAAGACUGGUAGAUGUGAUCAUCCUCUUUGGAUAGCAUUGUAUUUUUCUGUGCUGAGCUGUACAAUAAAUUCAGUUCAGAACAGUCAAAAAUUAACAGUGCUGAUCAACGUUGAUCUGAAUACUAUGCCAUCUGCUCAUCAACUCUUCUCUGCGAUGGUACAGACGCUUUAUGGCGCUCACUUUCUGAACAACUUAUCAAUAUACUCUGUCCAAGCUGUUGUGAUAUCAACAGAAGUUGCCCACAAUCUAGGUCUCAGUCAGCUGAAUGCAACCCUUUUUAACGCCGCCGUGCGCAUUGCCGAGUGUCUUGGAAUCCACAAAAUCAAAAGCCACCCUCCAACACCCCAGACAGAAGAUGGAUGGGACGAGCGUGUGGAGCGAGAGGUUGGAAGACGGGUUUGGUGCCAAAUGCUUAUUCAAGACCAUUUCGCCAUUCCAUUCACAGACACAUAUAGCAUUUCUCCGAUGCACUUCUCAACAGGUCGACCUCUUAAUGCAGACGACUAUGAUCUAGUGGAUGCACCACCCGAAAAGCCAACAAUUAGCAGUUAUGUCCGUGUUCUAGUUGAUCUGGCUGCAUUAAUGCCGGGGCUAGUUGAUGGACUUGGACCUAUGAAUCGCCGCAAGUCAUAUCGAGAGCAAUACGAGCACAUUCUUCGAGUGGACCAGAAAAUGCGUACAAUUGUGAAGAACAUACCGUCCUUUAUGCUGCGUCCGGACCCUAUUAAAGAAGCCCAGAUUCCCUGGCUUACCAUUGCGCGGCGUAGUUUGGCCAUCACCGCGGCUGAGAAAAUUAUCAUGAUCCACCGACUGUUUCUAUUUCGUUCAUUUCAUGACCCGACCUAUGUGCAUUCUCGCCGGACUUGUGUUGCGGCCGCAAUGACUAUUUUACGUGAACAUGAGACAAUUGUGGAAGACGACGACCUGUCCAUCUGGACGCACACGGCAUUCGCUAUAACAGCCGCAGUGAUAUUGUGUUUUGAGGUAAAUACAGUGAUGGAAACAUCGGAUAGAAGAAGCGUGCCAAUGUACAGGACAGCUGUCCUUGCAGCUCGCGAUCGACUUGCGUCGAGAAAUGGAGAUGUACUCGCGCAGCGAGGCGUCGCCCUGAUCAAUGCAAUCUUCAUUGCUGAACAAUCCGGCUCCAAUCCGGAAAUGAAACGGCUGACAUCCAUUGAUUUCAACCGCGUCUUUACCAACUUUUCCACACUGAGCAAAGCAACCGCGAUCCCCUCCCCCGAUGAAAUGACACCGGGGAAGUUCUCGACCGGGACUCCCGAAACUAUAGAUGCGCCCGACGUUAGCGAAUUGCAACUGCCGUGGAACCAGGAGGAAAUCGACUUUGAUCUUUGGUUUAAUGGAAUUUUCAAUAACUUCCCAGGCAAUCAGUUAUAA